GAUCGUAUUUCCCUACUCAGUCUUAAAGAUAAAGACAACAAAAUGUGCAGGAAAACACGACUGUGGAUUUUUCACAUCUUUCUUUGCCUUGGGAUUGUGUAUUUAAAAAUUGGAGGUUUGUCCUCCGUGGUGGCGCUGGGAGCUAGCAUCAUCUGCAACAAGAUUCCCGGGCUGGCCCCCCGGCAGCGGGUCAUCUGCCAGAGCCGCCCGGACGCCAUCAUCGUCAUUGGGCAGGGCGCUCAGAUGGGCAUCGAUGAGUGCCAGUUCCAGUUCCGCUACGGCCGCUGGAACUGCUCGGCGCUCGGGGAGAGAACUGUGUUUGGGAAAGAGCUGAAAGUGGGCAGCAAGGAGGCGGCGUUCACCUACGCCAUCAUCGCCGCGGGCGUCGCCCACGCCGUCACGGCCGCCUGCACACAGGGCAAUCUGAGCGCGUGCGGCUGCGACCGCGACAAGCAGGGCUUCUACUCCCCCGAGGACGGCUGGCGGUGGGGCGGCUGCUCGGCUGACAUCCGCUACGGCCUCGGCUUCUCCAAGGUGUUCAUGGACGCCAGAGAGAUCAAACAGAAUGCCAGAACGCUCAUGAACCUCCACAACAACGAGGUCGGCCGCAAGGUCCUGGAGAGGAACAUGCGUCUGGAGUGCAAGUGCCACGGCGUGUCGGGGUCGUGCACGGCCAGAACCUGCUGGACCACGCUGCCCCGGUUCCGCGAGCUGGGCUACCUGCUGAAGGAGCGGUACGACCACGCCCUGCACGUGGAGCCCGUCAAGGCCCGGCGGAACCGGCGGCCCACCUUCCUCAAGAUCCGCAAGGCCCAGUCCUACCGCAAGCCCACGCCUACUGACCUGGUGUACAUCGAGCGGUCGCCCAGCUACUGCGAGGAGGACACUGUGACAGGCAGCGUGGGAACGCAGGGCCGGGUCUGUGACAGACACUCACAGCAGGCCAAUGGCUGCAACCUGAUGUGCUGUGGGCGGGGCUACAACACGCACCAGUACUCGCGGGUGUGGCAGUGCAACUGCAAGUUCCUGUGGUGCUGCUACGUCAGGUGUAACACCUGCAGUGAGAGGACAGAGGUGCACACCUGCAAAUGA